GAGAUCAGAUCGUGAGUGCCACCGUCUACUUCGACAACCUGCAGUCAGGGGAGGUGGCACAGCUGCUGCAGACCAUGGGUCACCACACCGUGGGGCUGCGGCUGCAGCGACGAGGGGACAGGUCCCCCCUGCCCGGCCAGGCCUGGGGACACGACGUCUUCAUGCCAGGCAGCCCCGAGGUGAUGCUG